ACAAACACAGACAUACACACACACACACACACACACACACACACACACACACACACACACACACACACAGACGUACAAGAAAGAAUGAAUCAUGCGUCUUUGCACCUGGAUUGACGUCUCCCUGUAACCGUUCCCAUGGCGGUGUGCAACAUGAGCACGCUGGAGGGCUGUGCCCUGCUCGAGCCGCUGGAGAUGGAGCUGCCGGAUGCGGCGGCGGUGCCGGAAGAGGACGAUGAGGCGGCUGGCCUGAUGCCCAUCUCCCUGCGGGUCACACUGGCGGCCAUCAUGAUCUUCAUGAUCACCAUCGGCUUCCUGGGCAACGCCAUCGUCUGCCUGAUUGUCUACCAGAAGCCCGCCAUGCGCUCGGCCAUCAACCUGCUGCUGGCCACACUGGCCUUCUCGGACAUCAUGCUCUCGCUGCUCUGCAUGCCCUUCACUGCCGUCACCGUGGCGACCACCGACUGGCGCUUCGGCGGCGGCUUCUGCCGCACGUCCGUCAUGCUCUACUGGCUGUUCGUACUGGAGGGGGUGUCCAUCCUGCUCAUCAUCAGCGUGGACCGAUUCCUCAUCAUCGUCCAGCGGCAGGACAAGCUGACGCCGCACCGCGCCAAGGUGCUCAUUGCCGCCUCCUGGGCGCUGUCGCUGUGCGUGGCACUGCCCUCGGUGGCGGGUUGGCGGGCCGGCCGAGUGCCGGAGGAGGUGGAGGUGGCGCGCGCACCCCAGUGCAUUCUGGGCUACAGUGAGUCGCUGGCCGACCGUGGCUACACGGUGCUGCUGGCCGUGGCUGUCUUCUUCGUGCCGUUCGGCGUCAUGCUCUACUCGUACCUGUGCAUCCUCAACACGGUGCGCCGCAACGCCACGCGCAUCCACAACCACGCCAGCGGCAGCGACGGUGGUGGCACCACUGGGCCAGGGCCCGGUCUGACCCACUCCACCAGCAAGCUGGGGCUCACGGGCCUGCAGCGUCCACCUCAGCUCAGCGUCGACAUGAGCUUCAAGACGCGUGCCUUCACCACCAUCCUCAUCCUCUUCAUCGGCUUCUCAGUGUGCUGGCUUCCACACACGGUGGUCAGCCUGCUGGCCGUCUUCAGCCGCCGCUUCUACGUCAGCGCCGCCUUCUACCCGGUGAGCGUGGGCGCGCUCUGGCUCAGCUACCUGAAGGCCGUCUUCAACCCCGUCAUCUACUGCUGGAGGAUCCGCAAGUUCCGCGAGGCCUGCCUGGAGUUCAUGCCCAAGACAUGCCGCUUCUGUCCCAAGGUGCCCGGGCGGAGCCGGCGGAGGAUACGGCCAAGCAACAUCUACAUCUGCAGCAGCGAGAGCCAGUCAGCUGUAUGAGGACCAACACACAGUUUCCUGCUCCUAUAUACAAAAGAAAAAAGGAAGGGCUAUAAUAUCUGAGUAUUUAUUGUGCUUGUUACAAUGGUGGUAAGGUUUAGGACACCUGAUGUCAGAGUGAGGACCGUGUUGCUAUGUGAUGGUAUGAUGUCAUGUUUUUACAGCAUUUUAAUUUUUCUUUAAUAGCUGAGUCCUUUGAUCAUGAGGCUCAUCUUUGCUGGAGAGAUAUUCUCUGUUAAAUUGUCAUGCCAUAAUAUUAUGCCAUACUUGUUUGACGGGUGGUCAAGCUUUGAGAGACAUGUUUUUCUUACGGUGUCAUUCCUCUGUGUGGUUUUUCUCAGGCCAUACAUGUGCAGCCAGUGGUGUUUGUAAAUGGACAUUUGAACAGAUUUUUGCUUUACUUCAACUGAAAUAACAGCAAACAAACCACAGAGGUUAAAAAAGCAUGUUCCUUUCACCCACUCCUUUAUCUUCAGUCCAGUUGAGGUAUGAGCCACCCUCUGUAUCUAUGAAACUCCUGUCAUUUUGAGUUCUUAUUUCUACAUGAUGAUGAAAUGAUCAAUGUUCUUUAACAAAGAAUUAAUACAAUAAUAUGUAUCUAUGUAUCAUGUUUUUGACAACCAAGGGAAACACAAACAAGGUUUAUAAUGCAGAAUCUUAAUAUCACACUGAAGGGUACAACCCCGAAUCAAAAAAGUUGGGACGUUGUGUAAAAUGCAAAUAAAAACAGAAUGUGAUAAUCUGCAAAUCUAUAGUAAACCCAUAUUUAGCUGCAAAAAGGACAAAGACAACAUAUUAAA